CAACAACACAACAACAACAAAACGACGCUGACUCACACAACGUCAACGAUGGACUCGAUUGAGGCGAAGGUUGUGCUGGUGGGAAGCCAAGAUGUUGGCAAGACAUCGCUUGUUGUUCGGUAUGUGAACAACGACUUCAGUGAGAAGGUCUCCUCGACCGUGGGCGCCUCCUUCUUCAAGCACAAAAUCAACGCCGGAAAACACACCAUCAAGCUUCAAAUAUGGGACACCGCGGGCGAAGAAAGGUUUCACAGCAUGCUGCCCAUGUAUUAUCGUGGCGCGUCGGCGGCAUUGCUUGUGUACGAUGUGACCAACCCAAAGUCCUUGGAUGACGCGUUGGACUGGAUCAACGAGCUGCGGGACAACUGCAGCGAGCAUCUGAUUCUGUGCCUGGUUGCGAACAAGAUGGACCUGGUGGAGGAAGGGUGCGAUGCGAUAGAGGAGGGCCGUCGCCUUGCGCAGGAGAACGACGCGCUCUUUCAUCAGACCUCGGCGAAAACAGGAUCAGGCAUCUCUGAGACAUUCGUGGACAUUGCAAAGGAGCUUAUCGGAUUGACAGGAGAAGAGACACCCUCACCAAAUCAAGGGACCGUGAAUGUCAACGAAACGACAGAGCAAAAGAAGCAAUGUUGCUGACCGCUUUCAUUCGCCCUCUCCCCUGUGCUAUGAGACAACCACAAACACACAUGCACGCAUACACACAUUUACGCAUCCACGUGCAUAUCCCGGCUUAAUCUUGAGUUACAUCCCUCCAUACCUUCUCUGGCUGGCGAACCAAUCUUGCCUCGCGUUGGCAACCAGCAUGCUAUCAUCGGUGUCUGUACUGUCUUGUACAAAUUUGUGUACCAAAGAGAAAGUGUGAGCGUGUGUGUGUGUGUGUGUGUGUGUGUGUGUGUGUGUGUGUGU